AACCAAUUCAAUCAACUUAUUUUAACUCAGGAUCAUCACAUCGACAUGUAUAACGGAUCAGAAACAACACCAGGGUUUUAUCUUCUUGUAAGGGUGAGUGAACUUUCGAUGAUCAAUUAAAUUACAAGAAAUAUGUAAGCUAGUAAAACAAAUAUAGAACUGAAUACUUAUCACGUAAUGAGCACACGAAUGCAACUAUUUGUUUUAAAUACCUCUCAAACCUUUAACUAUUAGUUUUCGACGAGCCAGAAGUAGGUCCGAAAGAGUAGAUAGCAAUUAAGUUAUUUCAGAACUUAUGAAGUAGCUUUGUACUUUCUAGUAAUAAAUUUGUCACAUGUACGCCAAAACAUGCUCGAAUCAAAUGGAAACAAACAUUGAUCGUACAUUUCAAACGUGUCGAUUACCAGUAAAAAUCCGUUUCGAGUUUGUCUCGCUGCAUAAAACCCUGAGUCCUUUCGAGUGACACAAUGGAUCGAAAUUAACGUAAUCUUUUCAUUAAUUACUGUCAAAAAUGCCCCAUGUAAGAUAGAAUCACUUCAGCAAAAUGGUAUCAAAGUAAUAGGGAUACAUACAUGGUUGAUUGCAAAAAAUCCUAUCGAUAAAACCAAUUUCGGCAAAAAGUUUUUCAAUCAGAUUGAAAAAUUGUCUCUUUAAAUUAGUGCAUUUUGACAACUGAUGCGAUCAGCCAGGACCUCGUGGGAAAUUUAUCCAUCUGAGUGCGCUAUAUUGUUUCUGUGCACGUAUAGUCCAAGAUGACGUCAAUAUAAGCAAUCUCUGGAAAUAAAACAUCAUGCCCACGCUAAAUACGGUAUUAAUUAAACACAAAAUAACAAUCGCUAUAAACACUUCACGUUAAUAUCGCCAGUCUUUUCUAGAUAAAGCUUGAGUGAUCAUGAACUAACUCGGUGUAGAAAUUCUCAUCGAGACUAUUGAAGGAGUCAUAACAACUCUUAGAUUGAAAAUAUCCCAGAACUCGCCGCCAUUGAAGAUUGGCAUGGAUAUCUGCUUCAAACAUACAGCCAUGUGGGCAGAUCCCUAACAGCGAAACGAAAAGGCUGCUGCGGACGAAUCUUCCGUUGCGGCUUGUCCGCUGACCCACCAGGUUCGAAUGAUCUGCAAGCUGAAGAACAUCGAGCCAUUAAUCAUGCCCUUCAACAUCCAAAAGAAGUCCAAGGAGUUUCUUGAAAUCAAUUCUACUGGGAAAGUCCCUGUUCUUGUUCAUCAGCUUAAUCCAGACGAGGCCUUGGUUCUUGAUGAUCCUCUACUCAUCGCCAAGUAUCUGGAAGAAAGGUUCCCGAACCCGCCUAUCAGAAGUAACAACAGAGAGGCUAUUGUCGCUGGUAGCAAUAUCUUCCAAAAAUUUUGCGCCCUCAUCAAAAAUAAUGACCCCGCAAAAGAUCCCGGUCUUCAAACAGCCCUGCUGAAGAAAUUGGAGGAGUUGAAUUCCUUUCUGCUGGGCAGUGAUAGUUCUUUUAUGGAAAGUGAUUCUUUGAGAUUCUCCGACUGUAGCUUGUUACCCAAGCUCCUCCUCGUUCGCGUGGCUGCUAAAGAAUUGAAGGGCCUGGAGAUACCAGGGAAGUUCGAAGGAGUCUGGGACUAUAUUCAUGCUGGCGAGAAACAAGUGGUGUUCCGGGACACGUGCCCGUCAGAUGAGCUAAUCAAAGAGCAUUGGUCCAGGAAGUUUGCAACUGUGCCUUUGUUAGAGGGCUACGAAAGAAAACUUUAGAGUGUUAGCGGCUAGAUAACACAAGUUAAGUGCGGAACGAACAUUUUAAGAUAAUGCUUCAAGAAGAACAACCGAGUCGCGUCUUCUAUGAGGCUUGAUAGACUUGAUACCAGUACAAUAAAUUGGACUUACUUAUCUUCAUGGCAUGCUCCCUCGUUUCCAAGCUUCCUCUCUAUAUCUUACGCGAAGAGAUUCCUACGAACAAAGUCAUAAAGUAUCGUGGAGCUAUAAUAGUGAUCCUCUGUAGAUUCGCUUUGAUUAAUUAUCUUAACACACGGCUCUGCGCUGAAACACAAAGACUACCGCGAUAACGGUUAUUCUAUCGAAGGAAAAUCAUAAUUGGCUUCACUGAUAAGCUUAAAAAUAUUCCUAAAUUGCUCUAUUACUUCUUUUAUAAAAAAAUCGACAUCGAGCUUUGGCAGUUCAAAACAAUUGGUCCCUUUAUUGAAAUUUCAAAGUGUUCGUAUAAUCGCUCGUUGUUUAUGCGCCAUUAGCCUUGCGUAACAGCCGCUCUGCUAAUUACACAAUCUUAACCGCUAAAUAGGAUAAUAAGUGUGAGCUUCAAAUAUAUGGACGUGUCUAUCAUCUACGCCACUCCUAAAUUGCUUCGUCGAUCGAGAGACCUGAAGGAGAAGAUCGAAGAAUGACUGUAAAUAGCUCUUCAGUUGUCUAGGUACACAGUGCUGCUGCUCAAAUUUGCUUGAUUUACACGUAAAAAUAUUUUUGGUCUUGAUAACUACACUGAACGUAAAAUGUGGAUUUGCAUUUUCGUAACACAGGUCUUAAAAUAAGUCGUUUCCAAAUAUAGCUUGUUCUGCUGUGCAUAAGGCCGGUUGUCUGCUUUUCUUUCUUAAUUAGCGAUCACUUAAACCAACGCAUUUAAGAGGGGAUUUAAUGUCGUUAGCUCACUACCAGCUCACUCAACAUUAGUGCCUUCCCUGGUGCGUUGUGGUCGUUUUUGUUAUCCAUUCUGAUGACAUGGCCACAACUGCAAAGGCAACUUCAUUACUGGUAUUAUUUCAAUGCUCUUUUACCUGUAAGAAUUACUUCACUUUUGGCUUGUUCACUAUGGUAUAUAGAUGUUGUUGUUUGUUUCAGUUGUGACUAGGCCAGAAACAACUUAUCAAUGAAGUGAAUGAUUCAGAACUUUAAA